AUGUUGGAGAACCCUUGGGUACUUUUAAACAAAGAUUUUCAUUGGAUAGCGUCCCAUUCGUAUGAAAUGAUAGUUGAGUUUAUACUUCGCAACAGCAUUUUUGCAAUUCGUUACAAUAAGGAUGAACCAAAGAAUGAACCAACGAGUGAACUUGAUAUUUCGUAUUGGAGAAAUUGUUCCACUAUCUUAACUCAGACUAUGCUAACUUUAAUUACGUUUCCAAUUUUUAUAUUCUACCCUCUUCUGAUGAUGAAAUCAUUGGAAGUUGAGGAAAUUCGCAAACCCGAAGAUGACACAUACUACGAAGAGAAAUGGUUUUUCAUUAACGGCGUCAUGACAAAUACAAAUUGGUUAGAUCUGAAUUGCAAAUAUCUGGAGAGCCGUUUCGGUAGGGGGGUUACAGGUAUUCUUAAUAGAAGCUAUGGAAUUGUCUGGGACUUGAUGGAAUCAAUUUUACACAGAAAUUUCGAAGUUGAUACUAUGUCAGUACGCUGGGCCACAAAUAGGAUUCUCCCAGCGCUCAAGGACGAAAAUAUUAAGAUUGUUCGGAUGGUUUCACAUUCCCAGGGCGCUAUCAUAGCAAAUUUAGUCAUGAAGAGGUUAUACAUUGAAUUAAGUAACACGGAACAACAAGAUUAUCUCAGAAAACUUGAGGUGUAUACAUUCGCAAAUCCAUCUAGAAAGUUCAUAAACCCAGGUAAACUAGUUAGUCGCAUUGAGCAUUAUGCAAAUGAUCAAGAUCCAGUUGCGAUGAUAGGUGUUCUUAGUGAAAUCGGCAAGCAACAUUUUCAUGGUGAAGUUUUUAUCAACAACAAGAAGGGCCAUCUGUUCAACUCAUUCUACAGCCUUAAUAAAGAAGAUUACAAACCUGUGACCGACAAUACCAUUCCUACAUUUCUAGAACUUCCCGGAAUUGUAAAAAAUUUGCCAAUUUAG